UAGUGGCACAGACGUUCGUUCGUUCGUAGAACGUCGUAUUUUCGCUGCCUCGAGCGAGAUCGAUCGAGAGGAAAAAAAAAAACAUUUCGAGUUGUGCCGCUUCUGUGCAUCGUUACAGCUUGACUGUAGAUAAAAGUGCAUUAACUAGAGGUGUUGAAUUUUUAAUCCAGGACAGCCGCACAAAAAGAGGCGAGAGCGAAGAUAUCGAAUAUUCGCACUAAUAAUCGAGUACACGUAUAGCCCAUUGUGGUGUGCAAUUUUAUUCAGUUGACUGGUGCUUUUUUGGAGCCGGCAGUGUUUUUGUCGCGAGCCACCAAUGCCGAGUGUGUACGCGAGUUGUUGGCCAGGCCGUAGCCACAGUUGCAGCAGUUACGUAAAAAGCUAAUCUACUGUGCGCGAGUGUUUUACGAGUUUGCCAUCGUAUAUCUAUACACACCGUCCACACCCUCCCAGUGAAAGUACCACAAACUGCUUCGAACUGUAUAGAACAUUAGUAUAAAAGUUUUGCCAAUUAGUUCUUUGACCUUUUGUUUUUGUUGGCGUCGUAUUGUUGAUCAGUGCGCGCGAAAGAAACAAUUGCGAUGCCGACGACGAAAGGUGAGCGCACGAAGGCGACGGACUUCAGCAUCGCAGCUAUAAUGGCCCCGCGAGGCCCCGCGUUCGUACAAAAUUACGCCAACGGGCCCAUUAUCCGCAACAUCAGUCCAGCGGCGGUACUCGAGUGCCCGAGCAAGCUACCCUACGCACCGAGCGGACCACUCAAUUUCGAGCAUCCAGGUUCGCGCACGUCACCCGUCAACGUAAUGGCCACAGCGACCGUGGUGGCAACGACGACAACGACGCCAACGACGAGCAACGACGAAUCGAUAAUCGAGGAGGAGAGCGACCGCGACGACCGCAGCUGCAGCAAUGGCCACGACGCCGAGAGUCUAGGCACCGACAAGUCCUCCGCCGUCGACGAGGACGAGGACGAGAUCGACAUCGACGUCGAGGAGUGCAGCAGCGUCGACGAGCCGCCGAAUCCCCUCAAGCGCCGAGCCACGGACGACAUCGACGAAGACGAGGCCGAUCAGCAGCAACCCCAGCAGCAGCAGCAGCAGCAACAGCAGCAUCAGUCGAGCAAGGCUAGCAACAAACAGAGCAGAGUGAAGAGCAAAAAGCGCAAAGUACCGGCGGCGCCGCUCUGCAACUCGGAGGAGCUGCGCGAGGUCCAGUGUCAUCUGGAAACCAAAGACCUGUGGGAUAAGUUCAACGACCUGGGAACGGAGAUGAUCAUCACCAAGACCGGCAGGCGCAUGUUCCCGACUUGUCGAGUCUCGUUCAGUGGGCUUCGCAACGACGCCCAAUACGCCGUCCUCAUGGAUAUCGUCCCGGUGGACAACAAGCGCUAUCGUUACGCUUAUCACAAAAGCUCGUGGUUGGUCGCAGGCAAAGCAGAUCCACCCGCGCCUGCUCGACUCUACGUGCAUCCGGACUCACCGUUCAAAGGCGAGCAGCUGAGGAAACAGGUCGUGUCCUUCGAAAAGGUCAAACUCACCAACAACGAAUUGGACAAACACGGACAGAUUAUCCUGAACUCGAUGCAUCGAUACCAGCCGAGGAUACAUUUGGUCAAACUUCAGAAUCACAACAACAAUAAUAACGGAAACGUACCCAUAACGAAUCUGGAAAACGAAGAGCACAAAACUUUCAUCUUUCCUGAAGCUAUUUUCACAGCUGUCACGGCUUAUCAAAAUCAAUUGAUCACGAGGCUAAAAAUCGACAGUAAUCCAUUUGCCAAAGGUUUCCGGGACUCUUCACGAUUAACGGACUUUGAUCGGGACCCGAUGGAGCUGAUGGAGCAGCAGUUGGUGCGCUGCGGCGUGCCCCCGGUGCGGCUGUACGAGCAGCUGGCCAUGGCCUCGGCGGCGCAGGGGCCUCCGUCGCACCAUCACUCGAGCCAGUCGUCUCCGCACCACCAUCCGCACCACCAGCAUCACCAGCCGCCGUCGUGGCUGGCCGCGGCGGCCGCGGCAGCGACGCAAUCAUCGACCGCCGCUCUGCUGCAGUACGCGAACGUGCGAGCCGCCGCCGCGGCCGUGGCCGUCUCGGCCGGCAACGGCAGCGCCAAUGGAGGUGGCGGCGCUGGCGGCGGCGCAGGCGGGGGGGCGAGCCCCUUCCCGGGCUACACUCCCUACCCCAGCCAGCCGGGCUCCACUUGGACGUCCUGGCAACAGCUGCAGGUCGCGCGCGGCGCCUCAUCGCCGCCCUCGGCGAGAUUCGCGCCCUACCACACGCCCACGUCGACGUCACCUAGCGCCAGUCCGAUACCGCUGCGGCUCUCGCACCCCCGCACCUCGGUCAGCCCCAAUUAAUCGCUGCGAUCCUAGGCUGCUUCUAUACUUGUACUGACGACUCGCACUUAGCGCUUGUGAAUCCCUUUUUUUUUGGGCUUUUCAUUACCCGUGUUUUUAUCGUAAACUCAAAGAAGCUCCGUUGCAUCUACGCGUGAAGGUAAUGCAACGAGGAUAGCGUUGUUUCGCGCGGACGAGUAAAUACAGUCAAAUUUGUAUAUACCAAGAUUAAAGGGACCGGAAAGAUCUGCUCGUUACGUACGAGUCUCGUUAAAACCGAAAAAUCUCACAUAUAUUACUUAACGUAGAAAUUAACCAACCAAAUGUUUCCGAUUUGCUCGUUGUAACUGAGCUCUCGUAUGCAAGCUCGCUAUUAAACGAGUUUUAAGCUAUAAACGAUUACUGAUCUCGUGCUGCUACUCGCAAUUCUAUAAAACGGAUUAACCAAGCCAAAGACUAUAAUGGAGUGCAGGCGUGGUUAACGAUAAUAUUUAUUCGCCAAGGCAUUAUAUAGAUAUUAUAAAAUGUAUGUGCGACGAGAGGUGCGAAUCGUUUUCGCCUCCUUACCCAUGCAUAGAAAAUUUAGUUCGAGACAUAGGUCGAUUCUCUUGAAAUUUCUCGAACGCCCGAUUUACACAUCGUACAUGCGACGAUUAUAUUUAUACAAUUUAUGUUAUUACAACAACAGAAAAACAUGAAGGAUAAAUAAAUGAAAGCGAUCACCAAGAAACUAUGUUAAUAUAGAUGUGUGUACGUAUGAGUGCGUGUGUAUGAGCCGAGGCCUACGAAAGCCCGUGUAUAUCUGUGUGGCGUGGUAGGAUAAUCUCAAGUGUUUUUCAACGAAGCUUUAAAAUAAACUCGACGACGCGACGAAAGCCAAAUUACCUCGACUCAUAGAGUGAUUCUUUUUUCGUCUCUCAUUAUUAUUCGUCGAUGUUUGUAUGAGUAGUGAACUCACUCUCUUGUUUAAGUGCAGAGAUUUUUUCAGUCGCUCCUAAAAGAAAUUAGCGUUCUGAGCUUUGCACGCGCAGGCUGUUGAAUUUUUGUUAUUUGUUAAGGUCAACAAGUUGUAUAAUGUUUUUUUUCUUUUUUUUUUCAUUGCUUUCAUCAUUG